CCAUGGCAUCCUUCUUCCAGCCCGCUUUGACCGGGCCAAGUACUGAUGUCAACACCGGCACCAAGUUCCUGAUCAACUGGAAUGCGACCCUCAAAGGCUCGCAGCUCACCCUGUACUGGUAUCAAAUACUUGUCGUCUCAGCUGGAUGCACCUUCCUCAUCCUUGGGCUCUUGAGCUUCAUCAUACAAUACAUACGGAAGAAACGCCGGCUAAAAGAGAGCCCUCUACCACCCAGCAUAAAGAGAUUGCUCCAGCUACCAAGAGCGUUGGUACGGUCUAAAGGCCCAUCACCAAGUACGCAGAGAGACGCGGCAGUCAUCUCUGAGAAGACUUCUCCCAGAGCGGUCUUUUCUCCACCCAGAUUAUCGCUGAUCAAGACCUUCUGUGUGUCCGAGCACGAGAUACCAGUCCAGAAAUUCCGAUCCAGCUUCGAUCUACACGUUGUUGGCUUGACUGGUGAGAGACAAACCGACACAACGCCAGAGCAGCAAGUACCAGAACCCAUCGGUCCUGUACGCAGCCGCGAUGAUCCUUUCACACCUUCAGCCCAUGGCGCUGAUGACAGUGCAAUCUCAUCUCGAUGUUCGACACAGUUAUCUCAUGGAAGUACGGCCCUGAAUACAGCUCAGGACUCCAUACACCCUCUUAGGCCUUCAGCUGAGGUACAAUCAGCAAUACAAACGCAGACCAUCUUUUAUGGUGCGUUGAAGCCCACAUCCGGACUUUCCAAAGGGACUCUCGAGAGCAGGGCUGCAUCAAUCAACAAUCUUCGCCUCAAACAGGGGCUACAAGGGGUCGUUGUAUCUUACAGCCGUGAGGACUCGGCUGAGAACAUCAACACGCUUCUGAUGGCCUUGAAAAAUCUGCACGUCUCAGUGAUACUCAAGGGUGAUCCGGACCUCGAUAUCGUCGAUUCGAUCUCUNUUGCGCUCAUCGACGGCCUCAUGAUUCAGAAUGCGUCUGUACUGCCUGACGGUCAGCGUCGGGACUUUNUCCGCGCAGUCCAAGUGCGAGAGUGCGUUGCGAGAUGCAAACGUCAAAUGAAACACCGUCCAGAGUUUUUCAUGGGCUUCCUCGAAGUCUGGACGACCAGACCUUCAGCAGCGACCCUACGCCGGGCAUUCAAGCUGGCAGACUUCUUUGGAGCUGUGAUCCAAGCUCAGGCGAUCUCACAACAUAAUACACGAAUAGAGAUGAGUUUGAGCGGUUUCGACUGGCUAAAGCGACCUGAAAUCGUCUAUCUGCAGAAAUGUUGGUCACAAAAUCCCGCGAUCACGGACUUCUCAAGUGCGGAAGUGGAUACUACGAUGUUCGAUACUCAAAGGCUAUGCGAGGUUCUGGGCCCAGCAGAAAGCCUACUUGCGUUGGCGCCCCUUCCUGACGACCUUCUAUCUGUCCAGAAUGAGCAACUGGAAGCUACAUCCAGCCCCGAUUACGUCUCAGACGCUCUGAGAAGAGAUAGCAUCUGGGAUAUGACAAGCUGCGGCAUGCCGCUCUGCGAGAAGGGAUGUCACAACCUCCGAGACGAGAUUACGCAGGAGCAUUAUAUGCGCAUCUUGCAAACCCAGCGCCGAUUGAAGGAACUGGGCAUGCUACACGUGUACGCAGAUAUCGAGAUCAUGACAAUCUCAAAACUUCUGAGCACAGCGCUGGAAAAUUCUUCAUAUGUCGACUUGCUGCAGAAGCUGCUUGACCAGCUCACCGAGGGACGUGUGAGGAUCUACAAGGGUCUAGAUAGUGGGUUUAGUCUUCCUGACGAUGGUGGGCACAUGAUUGGACUUUCGGAUGAUGUCUUGGAAGAUGGCCACACCGUCGUUGAAAUCUACAUCUCACUCAAGAACGCCCAUGACGUCGCUACCAUCUGGCACGUGUUCCUUGCACAUAACGGCAUAGAGCGUUUACGAUGCUACGAGGAAGAGCUUUUGUUCUUUCCUGAGGCGCAGCUUCCGAAAAGCUUACAGCAGGAGCUAGGCCAAUGUACAGAAGCCGAAUUACUCUCCAUCGUCCAACAAAUUCGAUUGUGCAGAACCGACCAUCCAAUCCAAGAGGUGAUUGUCGAAACAUGCGUCAGUGUCUUGCUUGAGGACAGUAGAGGGAACAGUUGGAAAGCUAUGCAUUCUCGAGCCUGUCUCGAUGGCUCACUGAGUAUGCGAACACUCGUUCAAAUGCGUCUUGAGCAAUUUGCGAAGCAAGGCGCCCGCCAACUUCCAGAGCUGGAAAAUCUGGUUCCGCUCUCUGAGCUCCUCGAGCGAAAGCUGCAGGAUGCUUUAUUCGCAUUGGAUCGACAUUCUUUGAACCAGCUGUCAGCUCCACUCAUUGAUGCUUACAAUGCCAUUGGUACCAUUCGACCAGCUGGCAGCAAGCUAGAUCUGUACGGACUGAUAUAUUUCUGCGUCCUGCGCAAGCUCGCUUUUGAGGACGUGUAUCUCGAAACGACAGACCGGUGUCCGCUAUUCUUGCAACAGCGUGACCAAGCCGGUGUCUUUUCUGAAUUGUGGGUUCUAGGCUCGCAAUGCGAAAUCUACUUCGGCAUUCAACCGCGAGCUCUGGGAGAGGUCACUUAUGAUAGAUACUAUGACUACCUAUCUCUCUAUCCGCCUCCACCUGCUUCGUGGGAUGGUAAAGACGUCUUCACUGCUUAUUCCAAUACCGAAGCUCGAAUAAAGUUGGAAGGCCAUGGGGUUAUGACGGGGUCUGGCUCGCCUGUGGAUCUGCCUGGACAGGCACCUGGAUUCAAGCUCGAUGAGCCGGAAUCGACAAAACACCUUACUGAAGCUGCCAGUACCUUUGGGGCCCUGUCCAUUUUCUGUUUUCCAGCUCUGAUUGAUGUGGUGUUACUUACAUUUGUCGGUCGUGGUCUCUACGUCACAGCGUUCAUGGACUAUAGGGCUGUCACAAUGGCCGGCUAUGCCAUUUUGACUGCUCUGCUCAUGACUGGUGGUAUCACUGGUUGGGUCGGCAGCACUGGAGGAUUUUACCUCUACAAUCGUUUCUCUGCAGCGUUCGUACUAACUACUAUUGUUGCCUUAUGCGGCUUCUUCGCGUUUGGUGCUCAAGUUUCCUGGUUCGAUGGGUUUGUAUUCCUGAUAUAUCUCUAUGCUCUGACAACAUUCUUGAACUUACUAGGUUGCCCUCUAACUUCUGGCCGUACGGCGAUGUGGAGAUGUAUUCCUGUACUGUUCAUUUCACCCAUUCUCACUAGUUUUGUCAACGGACAUGAUCUGUUGAUCUACCUGCUCAUCGUUUACACCUUCGUCAUUGCGCUCCUCAUCACCUUCCGAAAUCUCCUUCACGAAUGGACCACCUGGCUGUCUAAAGUACCGUCAGUGAAAGAGAAGGAUCUGAUAACGUGGUACAACUCGAAUACGAAAGAAGAGCAAGAGUCUGCAUCUGGAAGCGACUCGCAAGAGGUUGCAGCCCGUGCUCGUCUUGCUCUUCGACGCGCGGUACACGCAUUCCGCAACAGGAGCCUAUUCCGUCAAAUAUUCAACUCUGAGACGGACAUGGAUCCUUUCGUCAAGAAGAUGGGCAUUGGGCAUCCUUAUGCGCUCUGGCUACUUGAANAAGAGGCUGGUGGGGCAGAAUUGCCUGCCAUAUAUACGACAACUUGGUUUGUGCAACUCGAGCUUGCGUUCGCUAAUCAGCGACAAUUGACGCGAGGCCUCAAGGAGCACAGUCAAUUCAUCACCUUCCGCUAUUCGAAAUAUGACCUAGGACAAAAUGUUGGCCUGUUCUUGGGCGCUCUUAUGGAUCGAUGGAUAGAUCUUGUCAUGACCGCGAGACGACCAGAGAUCGAGACAUACUUCGAUGAUCGAGCGCGUUACGGAAUCUGCUUUGGACUUUUGUACUUUCUCUGUGGUGCCGUCACGGUCGAUUUGGUUCUGCAGAAGUACUGGCCACUCGUAGAUGAGCUUCCAGAUAGAAAAAUUGCCGACCUAGAUGUUUAUGCUGAGCUCAAGGUUGAUCAGCAACGCGCACUAGCGGAACUUCUUACUUACCUGGCUGUCGACUUUGGAGUUAUGACUAUCCUCCUCUGGGCCUUUGUCAUCGACCACAAAUCGAUUAUUUUGUACUUCCUAUACACUUCAGGCUAUACAGGAGUAUGCUUGUUUCAGUUCAAUCGAUGUUUUACACUGAAUCCGAAAGCUCAUGUAAUUGCAGUGCUAGUAUGUUGCGCUGUGGGCUUUGUUGUCGGAUGCAUACUUCGAGCGGCACCAUCAACAGUGGAACUGUUUUACGAUUUUGUUAUUGGCUUGAACAUCACGAGUGUCUCAGCUGCGAUCAUCACAUUCUUCCUUACUGGCUAUUUCUCCACGCCAUCAACCAAUACAAACGAGCCCAAAGACAUCACCAAGAGAACCAGGGGAAGGAUAGACAAAGGCCGUUCGACUAGCGCGAUGGACUUGCGAACAGGCUGGGCGACAUUGUUCCAGACUCAUAGCGACACGCUAUGCAAUCUUUCACACACUACCCACCGCCAUAUCCUCCAGCAUCUAUGUUUUGACAUCGAUGUCAAUCUACAAUGGACCAAAAUUCCGGAUGACGUCCAAAAUCUUGUAAUAUCACGCGUUCUGGGUAAAACCGGUCAUACGACUGCCGCUGCCCGAACAUGGUUAGCUGCAGAGUCAAAAAGUAUUCAACAGUCUAAUACAGAGCUAGAAAGAUGCUUGGCUGAUUACGAAACCAAGAAGUCAACCGUCAGCAAGGACUCAGACAACGCUUUCAAGGUUGCAGGCUCGUACAGAGAUCCAGAGUUGACCUCAGUAUUGGGCAGAGAGUUCGGAGUUGCGUCCAAGCUCAAGCAUCUUGGCUCCAUCUUUAGCCUGACAAUAUACGAGAUCGUCAAAUGGACGGCUCUCAUCUCAGGUGGGGCGCCAGAUGCCAACAGAGAACUAUGGUUUGCGUUGAGAAACAAUCCAUUCCGCAAGCCUUUACUCUGGACGCUGCUGAAAGUCUGGAAAGCAUGCUGGUUUGUCAAGAACUUCUUCACCUAUCUGUUCUUGAUCCUCGGUAAGCCGUCAUUGUUAUCAUUCCUAAGGAUGAAGGACCGUGGACUCCCUCGGACGCUACAUGGAAAUGCUAUCACAGUAGACACACCUUUCUGGAAAGCCACUGGUUUCCUCUCUCGCGAUAGCAACGGCAAUCUUGUGGUCUCAAUUUUCGAUGGCAUUCACAAGGAUCCACCAGAGUCACAAUCAUUGAGAGCGUUGGCAGUCUACGAUAAGGCUUACCGAGUUGUUCACUAUGAGACCAACCCUGGAGAUCCUAAAACGAAAACAACAUCAAGCUUUGAAUAUCAGAACAAAGAAUGGAGACGCUGGCCAACCAAGAAAAUCACUAAGGAGGCGAAGGGCCCUGAAAUCGAGUCCUAUUACGAUAAACAUGGCCGUGUGGUCAGUGGAAAGCUAUUCCGUAGCGACAAAGAAUUCUCUUUCGAAUUCCUCUACAGAAAAAGACCUAAGGGUAACACAGAGAUCCUCAGAGCGACAUACACGCAGGAAAAUUCUGAUGGCACCCAUCCCGUAAUAUCUGUGUACUGGAGCGUCCAGCCCAGAACUGGUUCAGAACAGGUCGAGAAUUGGACUCCGUCCGACAAAAUCAGACGAGUCGUGGCAGUAUUAGGCGGGCGGACUUAUGAGACUGAAUGGGUCUACAAGCACGCAAGAGACCCAGAUCUUGAGACAACCUUGACAGACGAGAGUGGCACGAUGCUUUCUGGCGUAGCUGCUCCUGCAGCUGUUCUGAAAGAUCCAUUCGGUCUGCUCAAGAAACCGAAAGAUUUAUCUUUUGAUCACAUCGAUUUACUCGUCUACCAUCCAUUACGCUGGCUGGCGCGGUUCCCGAAACACGACCAUGAAAUUUCAAAACCCACUUCAUGGUUCAUGUCACUGAUGCCAUUCGCCUAUUCUGAGACGAAGAAGAAGGUCGUUUAUCGUAAACUGCCAACUGCCGUCUUGAGGACCGCGUUGUGGACGUUCUGGGCUAAGCCGCCUUACCUCGAUGCAGUCUCGGCGUGUUUUCUUGAUGAGAUGAUUCUUCGCAAAGAACCACUGCUACAAAAGUACUGGGACCUUCGAGAUGCCGGCAAUUUGUUGGAAGCUGCGCACGUCUUUGACGAAAAUCUGGAUUUGAUCAUUUCUGCCAUUGAGCCGUCUGCAGAAGCGUCUCAGACUUGUCCCCUUCUCAUCAAAGUGUCCGACUUGUUUGUAAUGGGUGUGGGCAAAGAUGCAAAUCAAGUCACAGCUCGUCCAGAGGAUGCAUACCGCGAUACUCAGACUCGUACAUCCGUCAUUUUCUCUGACAAUGGCUGCUGGCCAGAUAAUCCAGGCGGUGUUUCCAACUGCAGGCGGGAUUUGGUCAACGGCCAUACCACAAUUCGUGGCCAUUGCUUAGCUGAGUCCGCCAAUGAUUUUGGUAUACCUCGCUACCAAAUUGAACAGAACAUAAACUCUUUGAAGAUCCUGCCUUUGUGGGGCCUAGAUGGGAAGACGCCAUACCACAGUGUGCUCGACAAUCUCCUGCAAACUCAGGUCGAUGAGAGGAUGUCCGGAACGCGAGUGCAUGACGACAUCAAGGACAUCUUUAUUCCUUUGCUUACGUCUUUCGUCAAGGGCGCCCGGAUGAGACAUUACACCCGCAGUGAUUUGGUCACAUUCAGUAACGUCAUCCUCAAGAUGAACAGAUACUUUGAGAAAUGCGAUUUCAACAAGACUUGGAACCACAAGGAUGUUUGGGAUGCAUGGAUUCAAGCCUGGCUCAUCGAUUACCAAGACCCAAAUAUUGGCAAUUUUCGGGACUGCUUCGAAAUCGAACAAGCUUCGCUGAGUGACUUCAAAACUGCUCUUGGGCUGUACGUCUGUUACUUCUUUAUCUAUUCGGUCGAGCUUCCAGCAGAAUGUCCUACUGUCUUUCAGAGUACACACCACGGAAUCAGCAGUCUCUAUGGCAUGCUUCUCAAAUAUCGUCGUGGUACUACCUGGGGCAUUUGGGAUCAUGCGAUUCUAUGGCGAGAGACUUGCCUGAAUAUCAGUCCAGCGCAAUGCUUGCUACCAAUUCCGGUUCAGUCUAUGCUUCUCGCUGGUAUCAAGCUGGCAUGUCACCUGGCAUAUACUCAUGUUGACAUCGUCCUGCCAUGCACUUCGGUCUUCAAUCCUGAUUGGGAAAUUGAUCUCGGUACGGAUCAAGGACGACGUGGCAGCAAGAAACUUUUCGCCCGCAAGAUCGAUCCCAUUGUCAAUGGUAUUGGCAAUAUGGAUGCUUUCCAGCCGGUUACAGAGACUCGGAGUAAGCUCCCGACGUGUGUCAUGCUUUCGAAUGUUCAGUUUAUCAAGGAUGUGAAGAACGCUGUGUUGGCUGCAGAUGUCAUUGUCAACAAAUACGGCUUUACUGAUUAUCGCUUGGUUGUCUAUGGUGCUCAAGAUAGACAACCAAGCUACGCCUUGGAGACGACUACUCUCAUCAACACCCGCAAUCUCAAUGGUAACGUCACGCUCGCUGGCUUCGGUUCACCCAAAGAAGUUCUCAAAGACGCCUGGCUGUUUAUGAAUUCUUCUCUUUCUGAAGGUCUUCCUCUGGCAAUCGGAGAGGCAGCUCUAUCGGGCAUCCCCAUAGUGGCUACAGAAGUUGGCGCAACUGCUCUGGUGCUUACCGAUCCUGACGAUCCGACGAAACGUUAUGGCGAAGUCGUACCUCCGAAUGACCCGGAAGCACUAGCAAGGGCGCAGCUGAGUAUACUCGGCAUGCUGGGUCCUUGGGCAGAGUAUACGACUGACAAAAUUAAGCCCCCACCUCUUCCAGAUGUUUUCAGGCCUGAAGACGUUGCACGGAUCGUCGCAAGGAUGUAUGAGAAAGCAGACGAUCGUCGUGCUCUAGGCCUCAAACUUCGGGAUGUCGUCCUCCGCAGUUUCCACGGCCACAGGUACCUUCGCGAGCAUGAGCAGAUGUACUGGAUACAACGCUGUUGGGCAGAAACCCGUCGGUCGGCUUACAAACUCAGUCGUCAUCCGCCAGCCAAUGCGGCUUUCGGCGAGUCAAACAUAUUCGAGUACGAUGACGCUGGUGAUACUGGAGAAGAUGCUAAGGCACGUUGGCAAGACUUCCAGUUGGAUCAACUUAAAGCUAGUAGUCAUCCGCAGCCGCGUAAGUAUAGGUUGGGUACGUACGAUAGGGGAAUGUCGACAAUGGGG